AUUGCGCUUGGGAACUUGAUGCAUACAAUUUGCAUGAUUCCUCACUCCUUUCUGGAUCUGUCAUUGGAUUCCAGCCAGCAUGGCUCACCCCACAAAGGUUAACGGCUGUGUCUCAGGAAAAACAGAUGAUGUUCUGAAUGGAGAUCCUGACAAGGACCAGAAAGAUCCUUACUUUGUGGAGACCCCCUACGGUUAUCAGCUUGACUUAGAUUUCCUCAAGUACGUGGAUGACAUACAGAAAGGAAACACCAUCAAGAAACUCAACAUCCAGAAGAGGCGGAAGGCGUCCGCGCCAUGCCCAGAGAGCAGGGCCGCGCCUGGGCAGCAGGCUGUGUGGACUUCCGCAGAAUCCCUCUCAUCCUCCAACAGUGACGACAGCAAGCAGUGUCCUCACUUCCUGCCAGCCGGAAGCCACCUUACAUCGACUCCCAUCCCAAGGCCACCUGCCCCUCUGGAGACCCCACCCCCUUUUCUCACCAUCCCAGAAAGCCGACAGCUGCCACCGCCCUCCCCUCAACUCCCAAGGCACAACCUUCAUGUCACCAAGACGCUGAUGGAGACCCGGAGAAGACUGGAGCAGGAGAGAGUCGCUAUGCAGGUGGCCCCGGGUGAGUUCCGACGGCCCAGACUGGCCAGCUUUGGAGGCACGGGCUCCACAGGCUCGCUCACCUCCUUCAUGGGUUCUGGAAACCACAAUGCUGCCACGCACCCACUUCAGAAUGGAUACCAAGGCAACGGAGAGUACAGUGGCUAUGCCCCAGCCCUGGCCACCACGUCCUCCAUGGGCAGCUCCAUCCGCCACAGCCCCCUGAGCUCAGGGAUCUCCACGCCGGUGACCAACGUGAGCCCCGUGCACCUGCAGCACAUCCGGGAGCAGAUGGCGAUUGCCCUGAAGCGCCUGAAGGAGCUGGAGGAGCAGGUGCGCACCAUCCCCGUGCUCCAGGUGAAGAUCUCCGUCUUGCAAGAGGAGAAGAGACAGUUGGCCUCGCAGCUGAAACACCAGAGGGCGGCAGCCCAGAGCGAUGUGUGCGGCAUGCGGCCCCGGUCCUACAGUGCCGGGAACGCGUCGCAGCUGGAGCAGCUCUCCAGGCCCCGGCGCGGCCUCGGCGGCGAACUGUACAUCGACUACGAGGAGGAGGAGAUGGAGCGCGUGGAGCAGAGCGCACAGAGCAUCAACGAGUUCCGACGGCUCGCGGCCGACAUGCAGGCGCUGGAGCGGAAGAUCCAGGACGGCGGCUGCGAGGCCACCUCGGGCCCCGGGGAGGACGCGGGGCGCCGGUCCGUGGCCGUGGGCGCCGACGAGGCCAUGGACCGCGUGGUCGUGUACCGCAGGGGCUCUGCCUCCCAGAAGGACGCCGCCGUCGGGCCGACCCCCGAGACUAGGAGCUGUGGCGUCAGUGUGACGGAGACCAUGCUUGGCGUGACCACGGAAGCAGACAAGGAAAUCGAGCUGCAGCAGCAGACCAUCGAAGCCUUGAAGGAAAAGAUCUUCCGCCUGGAAGUGCAGCUGAAGGAAACCGCCCAUGACCACGAGAUGACUAAACUCAAGCAAGAGCUGCAGGCCGCCGGGUCGAGGAAGAAGGCGGACAAGGCCGUGACAGCCCAGCCACCUGUUCUCAGCAAGAUGGUGGAGGCGGUGGUGGCCACCAGAGACCAGAUGUCCGGCCACCACGUGGACCUGGCGGAUGCGUGUGUCGGGAGCUCCGUGCAGACGCGCAGCCUGGGCAUUUCCUGCCUGCCCCCGUGUGAGAGCAGGCUCGCAGGGCCUGAGCUGCCCAUGAAUUGCUGGAUUGUCAAGGAAAGGGUGGAAACGCGUGACCAGGGCACGGGGCGGUCCAUGGAGAUGUGCGACAAGAGCGUGGGUGUGGAAAUCAGCGUCUGCGAAACGGGCAGCAACACGGAGGAGUCCGUUGGCGAUCUCUCGCUCCUCAAGACCCACCUGAAUCUCAAGGAAGGGCGCUCCAUCGGUUGUGGGGACUGUUCCGUUGAUGUGACUGUCUGUCCCCCGAAGGAGUGCACAUCCCGGAGCGUAAACACAGAGGCCGCUGGCCAGGUGGAGGCCGCUGUCAUGGCGGUGCCCCCUACCACCAGCCGCCACACCAGUACGGUCUGGGAGCAGGUGGACCAGUGCACCAACACCGAGGUGGUGACCCUUGUGGAAGCCUGCACCAACACUUCUCUCAGCACUUUGGACAAGCAGACCAGCACCCAGACCGUGGAGAUGCGGACGGUGGCUAUUGGAGAAGGCCGCGUGAAGGAUGUCAACUCCUCCACCAAGACGAGGUCCAUCGGAGUUGGAACCGUGCUCUCGGGCAGUUCUGGGGUUGACAGGCCAGCAGCUGUGAAAACCAAAGAGUCAGGCGUGGGGCAGAUAAAUAUUAACGACAACUAUCUGGUUGGUCUCAAAAUGAGGACCAUCGCUUGUGGCCCUCCGCAGUUGACUUUGGGGCUGGCAGCCAGCAGGAGGAGUGUCGGGGUCGGGGAUGAGCCUGUGGGAGAGUCCGAGGAGAGCCCCCCGCCCCAGGCUCCUGCUGGGAUGGUGACCGGCUUGGAUCACUACAUUGAGCGCGUCCAGAAGUUGCUGGCGGAGCAGCAGACGCUGCUGGCUGAGAACUACAGCGAACUGGCGGAAGCUUUCGGGGAGCCCCACUCGCAGAUCGGCUCUCUGAACUCGCAGCUUAUCAGCACCCUGUCGUCGAUCAACUCAGUCAUGAAGUCUGCCAGUACGGAGGAGCUGAGGCACCCUGACUUCCCAAGGAUGAGUCCGGGUAAAGUACCAGGCGGGAGUCUGGAACAGCCCUGUAUGUGCCGAGGCCUCCAGUCCGCAGGACCGGUCAGCACCCAGGCAUCCCGGCAUGAGCAAGAAGUGGGGACCUCGGAAGGGAGACCCCUCGGCGGCCAGGACGGCUUCCCCUCUCAGGAAAGCACGCUGUCCCCUGUGAACCUGACAGACGACCAGAUAGCCGCCGGCCUCUACGUAGGUGCCAACAACGAAAGCACGCUGAAGUCGAUCAUGAAGAAGAAGGAUGGCCACAGAGAUUCAAAUGGAGCAAAGAAGAAUCUGCAGUUUGUUGGCAUUAACGGAGGGUAUGAAACAACUUCCAGUGAUGAUUCCAGCUCGGAUGAAAGCUCUUCCUCCGAGUCAGAUGACGAGUGUGACGUCCUCGAGUAUCCUCCUGAGGAAGAGGAGGAGGAAGAGGAGGACGAAGACACUCGGGGAAUGGCGGAGGGGCACCAUGCAGUUAAUAUGGAAGGUUUCACGUCCGCCAGGGUGGAAGAUGAAAUGCAGGUUCCAGAAUGUGAACCUGAGAAGGUGGAAAUCAGAGAGAGGUAUGAAUUAAGUGAAAAGAUGUUAUCUGCCUGCAACUUACUGAAAAAUAACCUAAAUGACCCCAAAGCUUUGACCAGCAAGGACAUGCGCUUCUGUCUGAACACCCUGCAGCACGAGUGGUUCCGCGUGUCCAGCCAGAAGUCCGCCUGUCCGGCCAUGGUCGGGGAUUACAUAGCUGCCUUCGAGGCCAUUUCCCCGGACGUCCUGCGCCACAUCAUCAACAUGGCCGACGGCAAUGGCAACACGGCCCUCCAUUACAGCGUGUCACACUCCAACUUCGAGAUCGUGAAGCUGCUCCUGGACGCUGACGUGUGUAACGUGGACCACCAGAACAAGGCGGGGUACACCCCCAUCAUGCUGGCAGCCCUUGCCGCGGUGGAAGCAGAGAAGGACAUGCGAGUUGUGGAAGAACUCUUCGGCUGCGGGGACGUGAACGCCAAAGCCAGCCAGGCGGGACAGACGGCCCUCAUGCUGGCCGUGAGCCACGGGCGGAUCGACAUGGUGAAGGGCCUGCUGGCCUGCGGGGCCGACGUCAACAUCCAGGACGACGAGGGCUCCACCGCCCUCAUGUGCGCCAGCGAGCACGGGCACGUGGAGAUCGUCAAGCUGCUGCUGGCCCAGCCGGGCUGCAACGGCCACCUGGAGGACAACGACGGCAGCACCGCGCUCUCCAUAGCCCUGGAGGCGGGACACAAGGACAUCGCCGUCCUCCUGUACGCCCACGUCAACUUCGCCAAGGCUCAGUCUCCGAGACUGAGCAACAGCCUGUGGUCCCAGAGCCCACUCGUAGCGGGACAGGGACUUCCCAGGACAGCUGGACAGCUGCUCAGAGAGCUCCUGCAGGGCACCCCUAGGCUUGGAAGGAAGACAUCUCCUGGCCCCACCCACCGAAGUUCAUUUGACUGAUUAUACACAGAUAGCCGUCCAUUUACAUGCCACCACUAAGCUGCUAAUUGUUCCUGUUGGGGUGACAGAUACUGAAUGUAUGCAUAUUGUGCCUGAGCUCCCCAGCAAACAGAACGGGUCAGCCAGGGCCGAAGCCUGGAGCUGCACAGGGGUGGCCCAGCCAGCGCCCCCGCCCCGGCAUGGGCCGCCUCCCUCCUGGCCGCCGUCCCUGUGCGCCGGGCGCGCCCACCCCAUCUCUGUUGCUGUCGAGUCGCUACUCCGUUAUGUACAGUCGUAGGAUACGGUGACGUGACCUGACCGGGCAGCCUCCGCCUUCUCUCCCGCCCUCGCCGCUGCCGAGAAGCGUCAGGUUUCCAGUGGCCCAGCGUUUUUACAGUUGUCCCCAAGGACUUAUAUUUACUCAGCGUGGAGCCUUUGGAAAGCUCUUUGAGAAUUCCAUUCCGGGAUGGUUUUGUUGAUUUUCCUUCUGUCUUUACUCUUCUCAAGUGAGGGACUUGAGAUGACUGAUCAUCAGCACCUUGGGCCUGGCCUGGUAGAUUUCCGGUUUAAAAAUAAAUGACCGAACUCUCGAAAAGUAUAAAACUUAACGAACAGAAAGCUUUUCAGGUGGGUUUAUCUGGGUGGGUGUAUUAUAUGACUUUUUAUAUAAAAGGCAUCUCUAUAAAAUUGACACAGUAUUUUCAACUUUUAUAUUCCAUAGUCAUUGAGACAUGAAGAACUACAUGUGAUGUUACCAUGUUUUUAUUAAUAAUCGCACAAAUCCACACCUAAUGACAAAGGUCGAAUCAUGUUAGAGGACUUGGCUUUAUAUCUGUCUCUAGAGAAACCUAGUGUAGUUCUCCACGUAUUUAUGGAUUCCUUGAUACCGUGUCACAUUUACUUCGGUCUUAAAUGUAUUUAAAUGUUUGAAGUGCCUUAGACUCUUGCCAUAUUUUCAAAAUAAAAUUCCAUGAAGCGCUCUCGCUUGUCCCGCUUCAUCUGA